GCUGCUAGCAAAGAAAAAUGGUUGCAUUUUGCAUCUUCUUCAACAGGGCCGGGGGGAGAGAGAUUCUAGUCAGACUCAGAGUUCGAUAAGAAUACCACCAUCAAUGGCAGCAGGAGGAGGAGAUGAUAGCAGGCUAGAUUCAUUAGAAUAUACACCAACAUGGAUUAUUGCAUUAGUUUGUUCUGUUUUUGUUUUUAUAUCUCUGGCUGUUGAAAGACUUCUUCAUACUCUUGGAAAGUAUUUGAAGAAGAAUAAUCAAAAACCCCUUUUUGAAGCUUUACAGAAGAUCAAGGAAGAAUUGAUGCUUCUAGGAUUCAUUUCACUGUUGCUGACAGUGUUCCAAAACACAAUCUCUAAAAUCUGUAUAAGCAAGAGUUUGACUCAUCACUUGCUUCCAUGUAAGAAGGAAGAGCUUGAAACAAGUGCUCAUUAUCAAGUUGGUUUGAUAUCUGGCAUUGGAAGAAAACUCUUGGCAUCAUCAGCUGGCAAUGAUUACUGCACUAAAAAGGGAAGGGUUCCACUCUUGUCUGCCGAGGCAUUGCAUCAUCUGCAUAUCUUUAUAUUUGUGUUGGCUAUUGUUCAUGUGGCAUUUUGUGUUCUCACCAUUCUUUUCGGCGGCAUAAAGAUACGUACAUGGAAGCACUGGGAGGAUUCAAUCGCGAAAGAUAAAUAUGAUACAGAGAAGGCGUUGAACAAGGUCACACAUGUCCAUCAGCAUGCUUUUAUCAAGGACCAUAUGCUUAUUUGUGGUGUAGACUCGUGUGUACUGGGCUGGUUGUAUUCUUUCUUCAAGCAAUUUUAUGGGUCUGUGACGAAGUCAGACUACAUCACAUUGCGGCUAGGUUUCAUUAUGACUCAUUGCAGUGGAAACACAAAGUUCGAUUUUCACAAGUACAUGGUUCGAGCUCUUGAAGAUGAUUUUAGGAAAGUCGUGGGCAUAAGUUGGUAUCUUUGGGUAUUUGUGGUCAUUUUCUUGCUGCUGAAUGUAGCAGGUUGGCAUACAUAUUUCUGGAUAGCUUUUGUUCCCCUCUUUCUCCUAGUUGCAGUUGGAGCAAAGCUGCAACAUGUUAUUUCUCAAUUGGCUCAUGAAGUUGCAGAGAAACAUGUAGCAGUACCAGGAGAAUUGGUGGUCCAGCCCUCAGAUAAGCACUUCUGGUUUGGUCGUCCCCGUAUCGUCCUCUUCCUGAUUCACUUCACCCUCUUUCAAAAUGCUUUUGAAAUUGCAUUUUUCUUCUGGAUAUGGUUCCAGUUCGGGUUUGACUCUUGCAUCAUGGGACAUGUCCGUUACAUCAUUCCAAGGCUUGUGGUCGGGGUUUUCAUUCAAGUAGUCUGUAGUUACAGCACGCUACCUCUUUACGCCAUUGUGACACAGAUGGGAACUUCACUCAAGAAGGCUGUAUUCCAUGAGAAUGUACAAGAAGGAUUAGAUACCUGGGCUGCAAAAUCAAGGAAGAGAGGUCUGCUAGCAGCUGCUAAUGGUUCAACCCAAGCAGGUUCUUCUACCGCACAUAUUCAGUUGAGCAUCACAGGCCAGCAACAAACCACAAAUGGAGAUGGUAAUCUAGCGCAAAUUGAACCAUUUGUACCAUCAACCGAACACAGUGAACCGUAGACUAUACCCGAUAACAUAAAAAAAUUUCAACUACUUCAAUGGUGUCAUCUGUUUCAUUGUUGUAUUAGUGAGAGCUUCUUUACGAUAUAUAUGUACCUUGAAAAGUAAUGCAGUAUAUGUUUCUGUUCGAAGUUACAAGUACUGUUUGUAAAGUGGAAUGUACCGUUUGAGAAUGGCAUUGAUUUUUGGUGUAUAUAAAUUCAAGGUUGAAAGAAUUACAAGCUCAAAGUUUCCAA